UUGAGGACAGAGAAGAGCUUCAUCGUUCAUCCGUCUUGUACUUUAAAUCGGUAAAUCAGCAGAGAUGAGCGGAGCCGCUGUGUCCGUGUGUCUGCUCUUCCUCCUGUCCCUCUGCUCAGCCUGUUACAUCUCCAACUGUCCCAUCGGGGGCAAGAGAUCCAUAAUGGAGGCUCCACAGCGCAAGUGCAUGUCUUGUGGGCCAGGGGAGCAGGGCCACUGCUUUGGCCCCAGUAUCUGCUGUGUGGAGGGACUGGGCUGCUGGAUGGGCACCCCAGAAACAGCUCACUGCUUGGAGGAAAACUACCUGCCCACCCCCUGCCAAGCAGGUGGGAGACCCUGUGGAUCUGAAGCAGGACGUUGCGCUGCACAAGGAUUUUGCUGUGACUCAGAGGGCUGCAGUGCAGACCGAUCUUGUCUGUCCGACAAGGAAGGUGACGAUUUUAUCAGCCAAUCAGAGGGCAGCAAUUCAGACAACAUCAUCUUCAGGCUCCGUCACUUGGCUGCUCAGUCCCCUGCUCAUCGAAUCCGCCAAUGAGCUGACAAUGUUGCCGUAGUUUCAUGGGCAUUGCUUGAGAAAUUGGUUGAUGGGAUUUGUAGUUAAAAGUUACAGAGUUGUAGUUCAUUGAUCAACCUACAUAUUUCACCCCCACAUUAACUGAUCUCCUUCUUUACUGUAUAGACAACCUCACAGGAUGGGACAGCAAAGCAUUAAACUCCACUCUAUGCCAUUGUCAUAUGUUUAACUAAGUUAAAUUCCUAGCCAGAUGAUACCCUGAGCAAUCCUCUGUAGAUUACCUCUAUAGGACAUACUGAAAUUGGUGAUGUACUGUUUGUAUAGAAAUAGCUAUGAUUAUUCUUUUUAAAGAGUAAUAAAAGAGGUAAAAAUGUGUGUUAUUAAUAAAGGCUGU